CAGUCUCGGUCAGCCCGUCAGUAACAGAACAGAAGCAGGGGGUGUCGGGUGGAAAAACUCAUUCAUUGCAUGUGCGUGUACCGUGAACGUGCAUGUGUGUGUGUGUGUGCGCGGUUAUUGUUUACCCAAAAAGUCACUAUCUUUCUAGUCCCUUCUUCCAAAAAAAGUGUGAAACGCACGAAGUCCGUGGUUAGGAAGCAGGUCGCGUCGUGUUGUUGUGCAAUAAAGUGCGUGAAUUUGUAAAUAAUCGUCGCGCCGUGAAGAGUCGUGAAAACGUUGUGACCUCAAAAAAGGGUACCACAGAGCAAAAGCGUCGACGGCGGAGGAGGAAAAUCAAUGCAGUUCUAAACACACAAAAAUGGCGUCGCGGCGUCCACCAGUAGUAGUGCUGCUGUUCACGAUCGUGCAACCCGCCAAGGUCCUGGCAGCCGAUUAGGCCGUCCAAAUUUGUCGGAAGAUUGGUGUUCGGUUCUCCACACAGAACUUGAAUAGUGAUUAGCACGAAUUAAGUGAGUUUUGAGUGUCGACGACUACGUGAACGUGAACGACGAGAGAUACCACAGCAGCUAGCUAGCGAGUCAAGCCAAAGGUGUCCUUCAAGAGUCUCAAGUAGCUCAAGGCGAGCUCGGUUUUGGAAAGCAGAAGAUUAGUUUUGUACACGAGGGCUGUCGCAUCUGCCUCUCGCACAUCAGUACAGCGCGCCAUGAGUUCCGGCCAGCAGUCCCAGCAGUUCUGUGUCCGAUGGAACAGUCACCUCGGCAGCAUCGGAGCUGCAUUUCCACAGUUGUUGGCUGGCCAACGAUUUGUGGACGUUACGCUAGCGUGCGAAGGUCACCAGGUGCACUGCCACCGGCUGGUGUUGGCGGCAUGUUCUACCUUUUUCGAGAACCUGCUGGGUGAGAACCCGUGCAAGCAUCCCAUCAUUAUCCUGCCGCGCGAGAUCAAGCUGUGGGCGAUCCAGGCGCUGGUAGAUUUUAUGUACAAAGGAGAGGUGAAUGUAUCUCAGAACGGACUGCCAGAUCUGAUGAAGUGUGCCGAAAUUCUGAAAAUCCGCGGCCUGUGCGGCUCGGAUGCGGCCCUCAAUCUCAACCAAGUUACCAGCCCUGACGGAGGUAGCACCAGCAGCAGCAGCAACAGCGGAAGCAGUAACGCUGGAAACUCGUCUGCACAACAGCGUGAAUCGUCAAACCAAAGUGGCCAAAGGGGAACUAGUCCUCAAAGGAUGGAACAGGGCAAGGGACAGCAGAACAGUGCUCUCAGCGGAACAACAACCGAAACUGGGGGGAUUUUUUUAGAAACCUUAAACACAAACCCAGUAGCGUCAUCGACGCCGACAAAGAAGGUACCUAGUCAGCAGCAACUGCAACAGCAACAAAACUUACACCAGAGUGGCGACGAUGGCGACAAUAGUGAUAACGGGGGAAGUGGCAGCGAGAUGUGCAUCAAAACUGAGGAUUUGAUUAUAGAUGAAGACGUUGGAAAGGGCGGUGAAGAUGAGGAAGAGUUAGAAAUGGACGGAAACGAUAAAAUGCAAGCGGAUGACGACGAUGAAGACAUAGAAGAGUACAUCGAAAAUGUAGAUCAGUUUGGGGAGGAGCCUCAGAACAGUAACGGUGACAGUACCAAUAACGAGUUCACAAUCACCAUUACUGACGAAAACAGUACUGGCUCCCAAAAGGCUACCUCUGAAGCACGGCCUUCCAAAGCAAAACCAAUGUCCACCUCGCCUCCGCAGUCAUCAUCGUCGUCGCUACUUUCGUUACUGACACGUGGCUCGAUUCGGGUCAAGUCGAAUGAAAAUCUGUUUGAAAACUACAAGCAUCAGCAAGAUCACAUAGAAGAGAACAAGUCCGCGUCACAGAAACACGUGUAUUCGCAAUACGGUGACGACGGUGGUGGUGGAACUGGUCUUCCUUCUUCUCUAGUGUACAACCGGAAUACGAUGGAUAUCUACGUGAAGCCAAAGAAAGGCGGCACCAGUACGGCCAGCAAUCCGGACGUGUCCCUGGAGGAUCCAGGCAGUGACACAUCCGCCGAUGGAUACGAGAACAUCAUUUGUUCACCAAACUUUCCUCAGCUUAGUCGCAGCUCGAUGAUGAGCUUCCAGGACGAAGAUUACGACGAUGACUUUGACAUACAGAUUCUGCCCGACGACAGCUCGAUGACCAACGGGGACAGCGACACCGGCGGAGACGACGAUCUGGUUUAUCCGCCUCCGUUGCUGCCCUUUGGAAACUCGGAAACCAGCAUUACACGUGUGCCAUCCGGAAAGUCUAACCGAUCGUACGGUGGACCAGGACUGUCAACACCUCGAAAGACUGGCGGACGCGGAGGCAAGUCCGGAACCCGUCAGCCCCGGGAGAUCAAGCCAGCGGUAGCGAACGGAGUUGCAAUCGCUCCGUCGGCGUUUAUACUGAGGAAUCCGCGAGGGAACCAGCCACGGUCCUACAAUACGGAUGCCCUCUGGAAAGCACUGAUGGAUGUGAAGGCGGGAGAAAGUAUAUACAGAGCAUCGCAAAUCCACAAAGUUCCUCGCAAAACGCUUCGCAACUGGAUGAAGCGAUGGGACAUCAAAUCCGCCUAUCCCAUGCCACGGCAGCUAAAGGAAGCCGCGGAGAAAAAGCGAAUCAUCAAAGAACUGACCGAGCAAGCCCAGCAGCUGAGCGACGAACUAACGACGCAUUAGGAGCUGGUCUCUAGGCUGCAAAUGUCUAGGAACGAGAAGCGGGGCAAAAUUACAAAGAGUACGAGAAUGCAGGAAGUGAAGGAUAUAGAAACCGAAACCAUUAUAUAUAUAUACGUUUUUACAAUAAAAACAAGAAUGAAAUGAUAGUCAGUUGGAAACAGAUGGCAAAGAGAUAGAGACAAAUUUAUGAAUAUAUAUACAUAUAUUUUUUUUUCAGUUUUAGCGUAUAAGAUAAAUUUAUAAGGAAACCAAUGUGAAACUUCCCCAAGAAACGAAACAAAAACGGUUCAAACAAAUUCUAGUUCAAUAGCGAUUACCAAGAUUGUCAUAUGUUUUAAAAAGCAUACCGUACAACAACAACAAAACAAAAUCUCCUGUGUUUAACUUUAUAAUUUUAAUAAUUUAUAAUAAGUUCACCUUCAACAAACAACUUUAUGUAGCGAGUGUAGGUUUUAAUUUUCUAAAUGCACUUUCUGGGUAACUGUAGAACCAUCUGUUGGUGUAAUUUCAUUUAGAGGAGUAAACCUACUUCUAGUCAAAUGUUGUAAAAUCACAAACAUUAGCAUCUCCCAAGGGCUUUAUACGAUUCUAGUUAAGCGGCUUUUAGUCACGAUCGGUUGCAAUGUACCAUUUUAAGCGAGUGUAGGAUAUUUCAUAUACUUUUUAAACAAAAUACAAAUAUUUUACUAACAUUAUGUUCUCGGCACCAAUAUAAUCCAUACAAUUAGUCAGUACUUAUUAGCAUGGGAUUUCGACGAGUGUAACACACGACCAGUCUUAUUUCAUUUAGUUACUUUUUUGAACCAUACUAGUGUCGUUUCGUAACCAAAAAAAUGAGAAGAAGUGAAAGCCAAUAAAAACUACAUUGAACAAACCAAAA